UCCCUAGAGCACUCUCUCUCAUCACUUUCCACUAGAACAUUCACUUCUCCGUAUCAAACUUUUCGGUUCGUCCAAAUCUUUUUCAUUAAUUCUCUCCACUGUGAUUUCCUUUUUCCUUCCAAGGUUCAUGCUUUUUUGACUUCUGGGUAUUUCAUAUAACAGGAAUCCUGUGAUUUUGUUGUGUUGGUGAAUCAGCUGCAAUGGAUUCUUGCUUUUCAACACUGAGAGCCAGUACCCACUUGGGAAACUCAAGCAAAUGUGGUCUCACUGAUAGGGACAAUGGCUUUUGGGGGGAGAAGAUGAGAGGGAAUCUGAACAAGGGUCUCUGGGUUUAUCAGUUGGGAAAAGGUUUGAGAUUUGAGAAAAGGGCAAAGAAGAUCAAACCUAGGGUUUCUUGCUCUGUUAUUACAACAGGCAAUGGCAAAGAGACUUUGACCAUACAAGCACCCCGGUUGGAGAGACAGAGAGCGGAACCGAAAAAUGUGGCUUCAAUCAUAUUGGGUGGAGGUGCAGGGACUCAACUAUUUCCACUUACCAGUAAAACUGCAACACCGGCCGUUCAAGUUGGAGGAUGCUGUAGGCUUAUUGACAUACCAAUGAGCAACUGCAUCAACAGUGGCAUAAACAAGAUUUUUGUACUUACUCAGUUCAACUCUACUUCCCUCAAUCGUCACCUAGCUCGGACCUACUAUGGAACUGGUGUGAACUUUGGGGAUGGAUUCGUGGAGGUUCUGGCAGCCACUCAAACAGCUGGAGAUGCGGGUAUGAAGUGGUUCCAAGGGACUGCAGAUGCUGUAAGGCAAUUUACUUGGGUGUUUGAGGAUGCUAGGAAUAAGGACGUUGAGAAUAUUCUGAUCUUAUCUGGUGAUCAUCUUUAUCGUAUGGACUAUAUGGACUUUGUGCAGAAUCACAUCGACAGAAAUGCUGAUAUCACCGUUUCAUGUGUUCCGGUGGGGAAUAGCCGUGCCUCGGAUUAUGGAUUGAUGAAGAUUGACCGCAAUGGACGAAUCAUACAUUUUUCGGAAAAACCCAAGGGUGCUGAUCUGAAAGCAAUGGAAGCGGAUACCACUCUCCUAGGGCUGUCUCCCAAAGAUGCUGCAAAGGAUCCUUACAUUGCUUCAAUGGGAGUCUAUGUAUUUAAGACGGAUGUCUUGUUAAAGCUUUUGAGGUGGAGAUAUCCUACCUCCAAUGACUUCGGAUCUGAAAUCAUUCCGUCAGAAGUGGCAGAACACAAUGUCCAAGCGUAUAUAUUCAGAGACUACUGGGAGGACAUUGGAACAAUAAAGUCUUUCUAUGAUGCUAACUUAGCCCUUACAGAAGAGUUUCCAAAAUUCCACUUUUAUGAUCCAAAGACACCAUUCUACACGUCUCCUAAAUUCUUACCACCUACUAAAAUUGAUAAAUGCCAGAUCAAGGAUUCAAUUAUCUCUCAUGGCUGUUUCUUGAGAGAAUGUAGCAUUGAACACUCGAUUGUAGGUGAACGUUCACGUUUGGACUCUGGUGUUGAACUUAAGGAUACCUUGAUGAUGGGGGCAGACUAUUACCAAACAGAAGCUGAAAUUGCUUCUCUAGGGGCAGAGGGUAAAAUCCCAAUAGGGAUCGGAAAGAAUACCAAAAUCAGAAAAUGCAUAAUCGAUAAGAAUGUGAAGAUAGGGAAAGACGUCAUCAUCAUGAACAAAGAUGGUGUUGAAGAAGCAGAUAGACCAGAAGAAGGAUUCUACAUUCGGUCAGGGAUAACUAUCCUAUUAGAGAAGGCGACAAUUGAUGAUGGAACCACUAUCUAGAUGGAUCUUGAAGUUUUGGACGGAAGAAACAAAUUGGAGGCACGGAAGGAGCUCCUGGGAGGUGCGGUCACAGGAUCCUGUCUCCAGUGGUAACCAGUUGGCACUUACUUUCCUAGUAUGUAUAAAAGAAAGCCAAGUUUCCAUGUAAAAAAGAAGAGCAUACAAGAGGGUUUGCUGAGAAAGUUAUGAAUAAGAUCGAUCGAGGCUGUAGCAACUAGCUGCUUUCUUCCCUUUGUUGAGGGAGUUCCUAUGUAUACUUAUGUUUAGUUUGCAAUAAUUUUGGUGCAGCAAAUGAAACUUGUACUAUGCAGUUCAUAGCA